AUGCCUCCAAUAACAAUAUCCAGAGGGACAACCCCCUCCGACGAAACAUUCACUCAAAUGGCCAACGAAGACCUAGAGUCAAUCGGCCGCCACUGCCAAUUCGAAUACUGCGGCCAACUCGACUUCCUCCCCUUCCGCUGCGAAUCCUGCAAAAGCACAUACUGCCUCGACCACCGUUCCGAAACAGCCCACAAAUGUCCCCGCGCAGGCGAAUGGGCCCGUCGCCGAAACGGCACAACCAACCAAGAGAACCGCACCGCACCAGUGAAACCCAACAUCCACAAUUCCACCCAGUGCUACCACGUUUCCUGCAAAACCCUAAUCAACACACUUAAAGAUCCAGCCGUCCGCUGCCCGAACUGUAACUACCAGUACUGUCUUAAACACCGCCUUCGGGAGGAGCACGAUUGCGCCAAGCUUACCCCGCUGGGUGCGCGGCAGGGGAACGGGGCUACGGCGAAUGAAACGAUUAAGUCUAUGUUUGCGCGCGUGCGUACCUGGGGCAAGGAUACACAGGCUGCAGGAGCGAAUCUGAUUCCGAAACCGAAGCCGAAAGCUAACAGUCCCGCGGCGAGGGCGGUGACUGUGAAUACGAUGAAGAGGUCUGCGAAAGGCGAGGCGAAUGUGCCUGUUGAUAAGAGGUUGUAUUUGCAUACUGUUGGGACGGCGGAUACGCAGGCUGCGGAGCCGCCGUCUGGGGAUUUCUAUUUUGAUUCGCGGUGGAAGGUUGGGAGGGUGCUUGAUGAUGUGGCGAAGAGGUUGCGGGUUGAGAACUUGAAUAAUCGGGUUGGAGGGGAGGAGGCGCGAUUGCGCCUGUUUCAUGUGGAGACUGGGGAGUUCUUGGACUUUUCGGAUUCCAUUGGUCUGAAGGUGAAUCAGGGGGAUACGGUGGUGUUGUUGCGAGGUGCUGGGGCGAUUUUGGAGAAGUCAUGA